AUGAACGUCCUGAAGUCCUCAGAGCUAUCAUCAGUUCACGAGCUCAAUUUUCAUGCUCUGGACGCAAAAAUCGGGAACAACCUUCUGGCUAGCCCUCGGAUUAACCAUCAGCGACUAUGGGACCAGAUCCAUUACACAGCGCAAUGGGGCGUAAUUGAGGGCUCAGAAGGCAUGAACCGCUUGGCCCUGAACGAAGACGACAAGGCGGUGCGUCAGUGGUUCCUCCAGGAGGCCAAGACCCUCGGCUGCACAACAGCAACAGACGCCAUGGGAAAUCUAUUUGCUGUAUACCCAGGCGAGUCACCAGAUAUGCCUCCUAUCGCCAUGGGCAGCCACCUGGAUACCCAACCCGCCGGUGGCAAAUACGACGGAAUCCUAGGUGUGCUUGCGGCGCUGGAGGUCAUCCGCGCCGUCCAUGAAGCCGGAAUCAAGCCUUGGUGCCCCCUCGCAGCCGUCGUCUGGACCAACGAAGAAGGGGCGGCAUUCUUCCCUGGCUGUUCUGGCUCCUCAGUCUGGGCCGGCUGGGUGCCCGUCACAGACGCCUAUGCACAGGAGCACUGCGUGACGGGCCAGACGCUCGGCGCCGCGCUGGACGAGAUCGAGGCCAAGGGUACCGUCGCCGCUUCCAGUCUUACCACACCGCUGCAAGCCCAUUUUGAGCUGCACAUCGAGCAAGGCAAGAUCCUUGAGGCCAACCAGCAGAGCAUCGGUGUUGUCCGCCGCAUCCAGGGAAUCCGGCGCUAUGCCAUCACCUGCUAUGGCAGACAGGAGCAUGCUGGGACGACGGCUAUGGGGGACCGUGCUGACGCGCUCGUCGCAGCAUCAAAGAUUGUGUUGAAGGUCGAGGAGCUGGCCAGGGCGCGCGAUGCCUGUGCGACGGUUGGUGUGCUCAAGGUAGCAGCUCCGACGCCGAACACGAUCCCUUCGUGUGUUGAUCUGACCAUUGAUGCUCGUCAUAUGGAGGAGUCUACACUGGACGACCUAGAGAAACAGAUCUACAACUACCUUGAGGGCCUCUCUGGUACGAACAGAGCCUGGAGUUUCUCCAAGAAGCGAGUGUGGCAUAGCCCGGCCCUGCUCUUUGAUCCUGACCUGGCGGACUGUAUUUCGUUCGCGGCGGCGGCCGAGUACGGCCAGGCUCAGGUACGAGAUAUGGUUUCUCUUGCUGGUCACGACAGCGCCAUGACGGCGCUCCGAGUUCCUACGGCCAUGAUCUUCGUUCCGAGUCAAGCGGGUAUCAGUCACAGCCCAUUAGAAUUCACUUCAAUGGAGCAUUGUGGCCGUGGAGCACAAACCAUGCUCAAUGCCGUGCUCCGUUACGAUCAGCUCUGUAAGAAGCGCGGGUAGUCGGCACGACAGCGUGUGCCUUUGGUGGUGCAACACCAUGCGAUCCUUCUGAUCCUCUACAAAGUACUAGAUACAUAUAUACUCGAUGC